GCGUGGCCGCAGCCUAUCCUCCUCGUCUUUCCCCAUAGCCCCGUUGUUAUUCUCUCUCUCUCUCUCUCUCUCUCUCUCACACUGGUCUAACCGUUUUCCGCCUUUGGCUAAAUCCGGUGACGGGAAAAAAAGAGAGAGAAGGGGAUUCCGAUGAGCAACAAUAGCAGUGAAAAACCAGAGUGAUUGUCGCCUUCAGAUCACCGCCAUACUCCCAGUCAUGUUGUCUUCCCGUUUUGCCCUUCUCAUUUCCCGAUUGCCCCUCCACCGCACCCUCGUCGGAGCUAACCACACCUCCGCCCGCUUCUGCUCACGCUAAUCCCCCCCCCCCCCCCCCCCCUUUUCCCCCCAUAUUUACCUUCUCUCCGAGUUUCUUACCCCAGAUUCAGCUUUUGCUUCACAACGGAGACGUCGUACAUAGAAAUGCAUCAAAGAAUGACUAUGAUGGAGCCUAAGCCAGGGCUACUGAGGAACAUAGUGGGGCGGCUCUUCUUGUUCUGUGUUCUCAUAAUCGCCACUCGAUUCGCCUACGUCGUCACCAUCCGAGGUGAGUCCUGCGACCUUGGCAAUUUCUGCUUCUUCUCCAUCCCGGAUAAUUUCAAUCUCUUCACCACCGCUUCCGGCCUCUCUUCCUCCGCCAUCAUCGCGAACAAGGCCGUUCCGGCCAAGCCCAACCCUCGCGAUCUCUGGAACACCAAGAGCUUCCGGAAGUCCGUGCAGUUCUACUCGUCUGUGUUCCAGGAUCUGAUAUCCGAGGGCUUUCUCUCGCCCAAAUCCAAGUCUCUCUGCCUCGAAACGCCCAACGGCGAGGAGGUCUUCGCGUUGAAAGAGAUUGGCGUGUCCGACUCCGUCGGGAUUUACAAAAAGGCAUCGAAGCCGUUGGUGAUUUCAGGGAAGGCGAUUCGCCAACCGUUUGAGGACAACACUUUUGACUUCAUAUUCUCCGGCGUUGGCGGGCUCGACAAGUCGCCGAAGGCGGGGGAGUUCGCUGCCGAGGUAGCCAGGACGCUUAAGCCCGAAGGGUUUCUCGUCGUCCACACGGCGUCCAACGAUACAUAUAGUUUCAAUUCGUUUAUUGAUUUGUUCAAUUGCUGUAAAUUUGUUCGGUCCCGUGACGUCGACGGCUUUGUUUCGUCGGCCACACCACGUGUUCGUGAAAUUGUCAUGAUGAAAGAACGCAAAAUUCGUCGCCAUGGGUCCUCGAAACCCGAUGGUAAAUCCCUGAAUAAGUGCCCUGUUCCGGGGUAUAAGCAAAAGUUGGUCCGGAAUGCUGAGCGGCUGAUAGAAGAAGAGCCACUAAAACCAUGGAUUACUCUAAAGAGAAAUAUAAAGAACAUAAAGUACCUGCCUUCAAUGGCUGAUAUUAACUUCAAGCCAAGAUACGUGUAUGUAGAUGUUGGUGCUCGUAGCUAUGGCUCAAGCAUUGCCAGUUGGUUCAAGAAACAGUACCCGAAACAGAACAAGACCUUUGAAAUCUUUGCAAUUGAGGCAGAUAAAGCUUUUCACGAGGAGUAUAGGCAGAAGAAAGGGGUGACAUUGUUGCCGUACGCAGCGUGGGUGAAGAAUGAGACAUUGUUCUUUGAGGUUAAUCAUGAUCCGGGUAGAGAAAAAGAGGAGAAAGAAAAUGGGAGAGGAAUGGGUAGGAUCAAACCAGUUCAAUCAUCAACUGCUGUUGUAGGCAACGUCGAUAAGAUUCAGGGGUUUGACUUUGCAAAUUGGUUAAAGAGCAUUGUGUCGGAGAAGGAUUUUGUGGUGAUGAAGAUGGAUGUGGAAGGGACUGAAUUUGACCUGAUACCAAGGUUGUUUAAGACUGGAGCAAUUUGUUUGAUUGAUGAAAUCUUUCUUGAAUGUCACUAUAACAGGUGGCAGAGAUGCUGCCCUGGUGAGAGAUCACCUAAGUAUCAAAAAACUUAUGGGCAAUGCUUGGAGCUGUUUACUUCUCUGAGAAAAAGUGGAGUUCUUGUUCAUCAAUGGUGGUGACACUGGUACAAACAAUUACAUAGUUGUGGAACUUUACUUUUUCUUUUUCUUUCUCUUUUCAACAUAGGCUGUUCUUCCAUUUACAUCAAACACGUUUAUUUUUUUUAGUUUUUAUUUUUCUUCAUAGUCCAUUUUCAUGUUAUCCAACCUCAUUGUGCACUACACGUUAGACCGUUCAUUAAUAUCUCACUUCAGCUUAUGCCCUCCUAUCAGCUCUUAAGAUA